CCUCAACACUACACAUAAGAAACAAAUACACACACUCUCUAUCUCUCUGUUCCCUUGCUUCUGAUCAGUGUAAUCACCAAGGUACCUUGAAGGAGAAGAAAGAAAGAUCAUAAAGAAAAAAAAUGGGAAUCCUUUUUGAAGAAACCUUAAGCUCUACCCCCACAAUCCAAAUUGCUACCGAUGAUGAUAAUGAGUUGGGAUUAAUGGCCGUAAGAAUAGCCAACGCUGCAGCCUUUCCCAUGGUUCUCAAAGCUACCCUUGAACUCGGUGUCUUUGACACUCUCUAUGCCGCCUCUGUGUUCCUCUCACCAUCUGAGAUAGCAAGUAGGCUACCAACUGCACCACGUAACCCGGAGGCGCCAGCUUUGUUGGACCGAAUGCUUCGUCUACUCGCUAGCUAUUCCAUGGUCAAGUGCGGUACAGACCAAGCUGGAAAAGGCGAGAGGGUCUACAGAGCCGAGCCAAUUUGUAGGUUUUUCUUGAAAGAUAACAUUCAAGACAUUGGAUCCCUUGCUUCCCAAGUCACUGUCAAUUUUGACAGCGUCUUCCUUAAUACCUGGGCCCAAUUGAAAGAUGUGGUGCUAGAAGGAGGAGAUGCAUUUGGCCGUGCACAUGGUGGCAUGAAACUCUUCGACUAUAUGGGAACAGAUGAGAGAUUCAGCAAGCUCUUUAACCAGACCGGAUUUACCAUCGCUGUCGUAAAGAAGGCUCUUGAAGUUUACCAAGGCUUCAACGGUGUAAAUGUUUUAGUUGAUGUGGGAGGAGGAGUUGGUAACACUCUUGGUGUUGUUACUUCCAUGUACCCCAAUAUUAAAGGUAUUAAUUUUGAUCUGACAUGUGCCUUGGCACAAGCACCUUCAUACCCUGGGGUGGAACAUAUCGCCGGAGAUAUGUUUGUGGAUGUUCCAACCGGAGACGCCAUGAUCUUGAAACGUAUACUUCAUGAUUGGACUGACGAGGACUGCGUGAAGAUUCUUAAAAAAUGCUGGAAAUCACUUCCUGAAAAUGGUAAAGUAGUUGUCAUAGAGCUAGUCACUCCUGAUAGUGCUGAGAGUGGAGAUAUCAACUCGAACAUUGCUUUUGAUAUGGAUAUGUUGAUGUUCACACAAUGUUCCGGUGGAAAAGAGAGGUCUCGAGCUGAGUUUGAAGCGUUAGCCGCAGAAUCUGGCUUCACCCAUUGCAAAUUCGUUUGCCAAGCUUACCACUGCUGGGUUAUUGAGUUCUGUAAAUAAAAUGUUUAAAUUAAUGAUUAAUCCCAUGUAAUGUCUCAAUUCGUCUUUUGAUGCAAUACAGCUUCAAGCAAUAAAAAUAUUUAAUUUAUCA